AGGAAUGUCUCAUUGAAAUGCUACAAGACAUGUUUGGUGAAGACUCUGUACCAAAAAUAUUCAAAGGAGAAAAAUUGUACGUCACUGUCAAUGAAAAGCGCGCCGACAUCGAUUUGGUGAAUUUGGACGUCAAAUGCACCAGCGAUGAAACUUUCCAGCAAAUUGUCCAGACUGCUGUGACGAAGUUGUAUCAAAGUUUAGCUCCCCCACAGAUAGAAUCUUGAUGAUCAUCAAUUAAAAUUGCAACUUUUUAUAUUUUAUAAGUUGUUUUUUUUCUUAUACUUAUCUUUAAUAAAUACAUGAUAAUAGAA